AUGGCGACGCUAUCGGUGUACGGGUCAGAUUUUCUGACCACCACAAAGAAAAAGGCCAUCGAGGAUGCCAAGAAGAUGCAGGCUCUGGAGGAGCUCAUCGGCAAAGGCAGCUUUGGUCGCGUCUACAAGGCGACGGAUAACAAGUCCAGUGCUGUUGUGGCUGUCAAGAUUAUCGACAUCGAAGAGAGCGACAGGGAAAAUCCCAGGCUGGCGGACACGUACAGCGAGUUUAUGAAGGAGACCAGUGCCCUCAAGUUACUCAGUAACAGCGGCGCAAAGAACAUCAAUCUCAUUCUCGAUGUACUUCCCGUUGGACAGUCCAUGUGGCUGAUCACCGAGUACUGUGCUGGCGGGAGCGUGGCUACUCUGAUGAAGCCUACCGCGCCCGGGGGCUUGCAGGAGAAGUGGAUCAUUCCCAUCCUACGAGAAGUCGCAGAGGCCAUAUUCUGGGUACACAAAGAAGGAAUCAUCCACCGUGACAUCAAGUGCGCCAACGUACUUGUGACGGAGACCGGCGCCGUACAGCUCUGUGAUUUUGGUGUGGCUGGCAUCGUUGAGACCAAGUUCGACAAACGGUCGACGUUUAUCGGGACACCUCACUGGAUGGCACCAGAACUCUUCGAACCUACACCGUCCUACAGCACACCGGUUGACAUCUGGGCGUUUGGAUCUAUGGUAUACGAGAUUGCCUCUGGACUUCCUCCCAACGUCAUGUCGGGGUUUAACAUCCCCCAGCUUGGCAAUUAUAUCAAGUCCCACGCGCCUCGUUUAGAGGGAGACCAGUACUCAGACAAUCUCAAGGACUUGGUGGCUUUCUGUCUGGUGGAGGAUCCCGCUAAACGACCGACGAUCGAACAGGUCCAACGGCACCCUUACAUAUUCAACACGGCCGCUGAAUACCCAUCGGCAUCUCUUUCCAACCUUGUACGAGGUUAUAAGGUCUGGGAGGCGCAGGGGGGUAUCAGAAAAUCGCUGUUUGCCCCGGUUGGUGCUCAAGGCCCGUCCGAUUAUGCUUCAACCGCUCUCUCCAAUGAUGAGUGGAACUUUAGCACAACGGUCGACUUUGACCGAAUGGCCAUGGACAGCGAUGCCCAAGCUGUCUAUGAUGUUUAUGGGCACAAUGUCGACUUCGAGUUUGAGGAAGAGCAGACGCGGCGGCCCAAGCCCAAAGGGAGGAGGCGACCACCUCCUCCCAAACUACUAGCUCUCAAGGCACCUCUGGAAAAGCUGUUUGAUCCCAAUACGAUCUCCGGAUACGAUGAGAACUCGCGUGCCUAUUACGGUCUGGGGCCUCCUCCUCCAACGGCCACACCAGAAACAACACUAGGAGCAUCCGAUACACCGAAGGAUUCAGAUCUCCAAUUUCGACAACAAUAUGAGCCGAGCUCACAGGCGGCACUACGAGAAUCGCUCAUAGAUUUGGAUGCGUCCUUUGAUGGGAAUGACUUGUCUCAGUUUGUUGACAUGGAGACUAUUAAGGCUGGUCCCCGUGGUUCGAUAGACUACGCAGCAUUCGACCCGAACCCCCCGCCGGACUUCAGCAGACCGCCUCUCAGCGACCCGGCAGAUAUGCCAAUGAACAUCAACCGCCGUACUCAGGACUGGAAGUUUCCGUCAAUGGCUGCUCCGCCGGCUUCUGCCCAUCCGGAGAUGUCACGCUUUCCAUGGACCAUGACUGAAGAGCGCUCUAACGACAACAGCCAGAAUGACAACAACUUUGUUCGACCACCUCUCAUACACCACCCAACAGACCCGCUAGGCUUCCAAUCGACGGGCUAUGAUUCCAUGCCACCCAAGCCUCCGGUCGACAAUCGCGUUUCAGUUGGGAGUCUUAUUGAUCUCGACGAAAGUUUACCUGAGCCAACAAACGAUUUCAGCAAUAACUUCAACAACAAUUUCAACAACAACUUCAACAAUCGAGAGUACACGCGACCGUCCACAGCAAACUCAGACGCCGCUUCCGUCAGUGGUUCAGAGAUAGGUGGCGCAAACCCGUUCGACCUCGAGCGGCACGCUUCACUCUACCAGCCGUUGCCCGCUGUGCGAUCAUCAUCGGUCCGUGAACCAUCCAUCUACGUAUCGGACGACAGCGAUUAUGCCCGGGUUGCUCAGGCGCCAUCAGAGGAGCAAUUCAUCGGGACCAACGGUCGCGGCACGCCGGACUACGCUUCCUCCGUUAACGGCGGAGGUAGCGUCGGAAACGGCAGUAUAGGCGGCAGUAGCAUUGGCAGCCGUACGCACAGUCGCGCCCACUCACACGCAGACAGCUACAGCUACGCCACCGACGACGACGUGGGCGGCUAUUCAGCGGGCGAGUACGCCGAGUCGGACUACCUAGGCGGCAGCAUGGACCCGAUGGCGAUGGGCAGCAGUGAGCGCAACCGCAGUCGGCGACGGCCGAGCGGCAUGCGGCCCGAUCCGGACAAUUCGCAUCAUCCGCCUCGUGGGUACGGCAUGGGCGGGAGCAUGAACGGGAAUAAUGGAGUGGGCAGCCAUGGUAGCGGCGGGCACCAUGGUCACCAGAUGCAGCAGGGUCAUGGUCAUGGUCGUGGUCAUGACCACAGCAAUAGUCAGGGUUCAACAGAUAUGAUGCACAUGCCCCAGGUCCCAGAGCCGCCGAGAGUCAGAGUGAUGCAGGGAAUGGCGAAUCGAGAGGAGGUGAGGGAUGAUGUGAUGAGGUUGCUGGCUAGCUUCUCGGAGCAUCUGGGGUUUGCGAAUGCGCAUGUGAAUACGCUUCCGGUGAGGCAAGGGAGGAGGGGGAGCGAGGUGAAUACGAGUGUGUGA